UAGGAGAAGAAGACAAACCGCAGACAAACAACAAGAAGUGAAACUUCAAAACCGAAAAGGAAAAAAAACUGGAAAAUCCUUUUAAACGAAGGAAUUUAAUUUUAAAUGGCCUAAAAAUGUCGGCACUGUUUGCUGCUUAGUUCGCGUAAUAGUGUUAUUCUGUGCCCGGUGGUGAAAGAUUGCUGGAAAAUGUCGAAUGAGAUAAGUUUUGUGGUGUCGUAAUUAGAUUAAGGCUGUUCCCCAGCAUCAGCAGCAAAAUAAACUCCUGUCCUACCGCUGGUCGACCCAACAAACAACAUUCAAGCUGAGGCGAAAAUCGGACCACCCACCGCAGCGUCACCAUCCUAUGAGCAUGAACAAGAUUCUUCUGGUGCUGAUCAUUGCCAGCGGCUUCCUGCUGAUAAUCUACGCCAACAGCAGUAUCUUCAAUCGGCGGAAUAUUCUGAUGAUUUUCCAGAAAACGGACGGCUACGGCGGGAGCGGCUUCGACCAUCAUCCGGAAGUGUUAGAUAACAACGGUGGUGGUGGCGGAGGAACGGCAGCGAGGGUGGCACAUUUGGUGGGCGCAGGUGGCGGUGGUGGUGGUGCUGGUGGCUCUGGGUCGAUCCGAUUCGGCGAACUGAAAAGGGUCAAGUACGUUCCGAAGGAGAACAAUGCCACCGAGUAUAACAUCUUUGUGAUCUACACCAAGGAGAGUCAGAACUCGAACCUGCGGGACAAGUUUGAGCUGUUUUUGAAAAGCUUGCUCAAAUAUACAACGAUUCCGAUCCACCUGCAUGUGAUAACGGACGAGCAGAGCGAAACGUCCGCUGAGGAGCUGAUCCGGGAGCAGAUUGCCCACUACCGGAAGGUGGUUUUCUACACGCUGUACGAUGUGAAGGAUUGCGCGGAGAAAACGAGCGACAUCGUGAAGAACAUGCUGCCGCUGUUCAAUUAUAAGACGGGAAGCUACUACAGCGACGCUCUGUUCUUGAUCUCGCUCGGCUUGCACCGGAUCGUAGACGUGAACAUGAAACGGGCGAUCAUCAUCGAUUGCGACGUGGUGUUCCGUUCGUCCGUCAAGGACCUGUUCGACGAGUUCAACCGUUUCAGUUCGGAUCACUUGUUCGGCCUAGCACCGGAGCUGACUCCGGUCUACCUGCACAUCCUGUUCAAAUAUCGAGCACAGAAUCCGCACACACUGUUCGGCACACCGUACUAUCUGAACAAAACGGCCAUCGGAAACUCGGUGGGCGGUUUCUUCAGCCGAACGGCUAAGAAAACCAAGCACGGCUAUCCGGGGCUGAACUCCGGAGUGGUCAUGCUCCGGCUGGAUCGCAUCCGGCAGUCGCGACUGUACGAGGAGAUCAUCAAGCAGGAAUCGGUCAAGAACAUGGUCGAGAAGUAUGCCUUCAAGGGUCACCUGGGCGAUCAGGACUUCUACACGCUGAUGGGUUUUGAGUUCCCGGGGCUGAUCUACCGGUUGGACUGCGUGUGGAAUCGCCAACUGUGCACCUGGUGGAAGGAGAACGGCUACGGUAAGGUAUUCGAUAGUUAUUUUCACUGUGAGGGGGCAAUUAAGUUGUACCACGGGAACUGCAAUACCCGGGUUCCGGAAUGAGUUGGUACAAAAAGGGGGGAAAGCUCGCAUUUACUCUUGCCAUAUCGCUGUAGGAAGUUUUUGUUGGUUCUUCAAAUUCAUACGCGCUUAAGGGCAACUUCAUUGGUGGUUGGUUUCCCAAUUAUUAUUUCCUUCUGAAACUCUAGGUAUGAAAAACAAACCACCAGUGAAGUUACUCUAUCUACAUAUACUAUAAUAUCGUCCAUGAAGCAAAUUUGAAACGAAAAAUUUGGCAAUACCCAUCUCGUACCCUAUAAAACGCUUCCAGAACUAUUGUAAGGUGUACCCACUUAGACAAAACAUUGUUCUCUUCUUAUCCUCUCUAAACAAAACAAAAACAUUCCACUUUUGUGAUCUCAUUUUUAAAAAAUGAUCUGUUUUAAUUUUAACAAAAAACGUACAUUCAUACUAGAGCAUUAAGUGUACUAAUUUUUAAGCUAUUUAACUCUUAAUUCAAAACACAAUGUUUUAACACCCAGCUUCCACUUCUGUUGCAAUAUCCUACUACAACCUACGACGUCGAAUCAAAUUCCAGAUGAAAUCUAUUGAUUUCGAGAGGGAAAAUCUAUUUUUCCGGUUUAUUCUCGUUUUCUGUACUUCGUUAAGUGUUACUUAUUUUGAAUGAUUUUAUUUAGAGUUUAGGUUUUUCGCUGGCUAACAGCGCAGAUAUACGUACCCCCAAGAUACGUGUUUAGUUAAGAAACUUUUUAUAGUGCAAGCUCACGUUAGUGCUAAGUAGGAGUUUUGUUUCAAACGAAAACGACGCAAUGAUAAUAAACGAAGGUAGAAGAUAACAUUAAGGGAAUGAGCAAUUUCGUCUAUCCGUGUGUAGAGCGGGACCGCGUCUCGCUGGAUGUUGUUACGUUGAGCGGCCACGAGGUGAACUACUGGUCGCAGUUAGAUGGACAUUAUUAUACAAACGUGUUAAGGAAACCAACAAUAUAAUCGACUGCAAUUAGUUUUUUUUUUUUCAUUUAGUGAACAGCAGUAGUGUUGAGGAAUUGAAAUAAGAACGGUGACUAUAAUACACCGACGAAAUUAUAUAUGCAGAAGGAAUUGAAUAUAGAUUUCUUUUUUGAAAUUAGACAUAAA